AUGAACAGACAUCCAGGCGAGGUGGAGACGAGGAGGAAUCCUGGCGACUCGGAUGACGCCUGGGAAGCGGAAACCAGGCACUACAGCAAGGCAACGGGCAUGGGCUCCAACCUGGGCUUUUCCACCGAGAACGACCAGUUAAGAACCUCUCUGGCCCACGCACAGCGGACUAUUAGCACCCUACGUGGUGCUCUCCAACGAAAGAAAGAGGACGCCAUGCGGGCGAAGAAGUCCUCGGUGAUCUCACUCGGUGACCCUGCGAAAGCCAGCGAUAUGCUCAUCCGAGACGAUGAUGACGACGACGAUGACGACGACGAUGAUGAUGACAACCCUCAUGACGCUCAAUUCCCUCGGAAGCUCUUGCUUAGCUCGUCAACUCGUGGUACCCCUCGAGAGGGUCACGUGGUCGGACCCUUUGCUGAACUAGCGCCCCAGAUUGGCACCAAGAUCCCGCCUACGACACAUGAUGAUGAUAACGGCGAAGGCGGGGUGGCCGAGGAUGAUGAUGAUGAGACGCGGGACCUUCGGCCGUUGAAGGAAGCACUUGGUGGCCACAGCCGCAACUCGCAGGUCUACGGCUCUGAUGACGAUACGACCCGGUCACUGGGUUUCAUCUGUCGGUCCAGUUUGCAAAUACCCGACGACAUCCGGGCCGAGCUGGCGCGUCGUCGACUCGAUUCAGACGCGGAUACCAAGGCCAUUGUGUCCGGAGUCGAGGUCGGAACGAUGACCGAUGAAGUUGCGCCCAAGACCGUUGAAGUCAUCAAGGAGGUCCGCGUCGAGGUCCCGGUUGAGGUCGAGAAAAUCGUCCAAGUAGACCGGGUCGUCGAGGUCGAGAAACUGGUCGAGGUUCCCGUUGACCGGAUCGUUGAGGUGGAGAAGAUCGUCGACCGAGUCGUCGAAGUCCCAGUUGAUCGGAUCGUUGAAGUACCGGUCGAUCGGAUCGUUGAAGUUCCGGUUGAUCGGAUCGUUGAAGUUCCAGUUGAUCGAGUCGUCGAGGUCUCAGUUGAUCGAGUCGUCGAAGUUCCAGUUGAUCGAAUUGUCGAAGUCCCAGUGGAUCGGAUCGUCGAAGUUCCAGUUGAUCGAAUUGUCGAAGUUCCAGUUGACCGAAUCGUCGAGGUGGAAAAGAUUAUCCACGUGCCCGCCCCGAUUGCCUCAGAAACGCUCCAAUCCCUUCCCUCACAAUCUCCUACUACUCCUCAAGCCGUAGCUACUCGUGAUGAUCAUGCCCGUCACCUUCAAUCCGACCGCAAUGAUGAUCCUAAACCUCCCGUCGAAAAAAUUGUCGAGGUUGAAAAGAUUGUCGAGGUUGAGAAAAUCGUCGAGGUUGAGAAAAUCGUCGAGGUUGAGAAAAUCGUCGAGGUUGAGAAAAUCGUCGAGGUUGAGAAAAUCGUCGAAGUCGAAAAGAUUGUCGAGGUUGAGAAAUUAGUCGAAGUUGAAAAGAUUGUGGAAGUCGAAAAGAUCGUGGAAGUUGAGAAAGAUUGUGGAAGUAGAGAAAUUGGUCGAAGUGGAGAAAUGAUCCCAGCUGAAAAGAUUGUCCAGACGGAGAAGCUAGUGCAAUGA